AUGAACCUCAAUAAGACGAACUCAACAGGAAUUCAUAGUGUAACUUCGGAGGCUUUGAGCCGAAGAAGUAGCAGGAGAAGCAGUAUUUUAGACCUGGUGGCAUCUCCCACUUUAACUGACUACACUUCUUCUUGGAAAAGAUCCCAAAGCUUUGGACAUUUGGAUGUGUCAGAUUUGAGGGAGACCCUUUCACGCAAAAACAGUAACAGAACAGAGUUGUCCAUUGAUGAAGAAACAUCAUUAAUAUCAGGAAGACACCCCAUUAACAAGUAUCAUUACCCAGAAAGUACCAUUGAGGAAGAAGAUGAGGAUCGACUUCUAUCAAUUGGCUUAGAUAAAUCCAACAACCACCAAACUAUUUUGAACGCUGUCAACGUUUUGAUUGGGAUAGGGUUAUUGUCCCUGCCCCUGGGACUCUAUUUAUCCGGCUGGAUUUUGGGAAUUACCUUUCUUUCGGGUGCUGCCUUCCUUACGAAAUACACUGCAAUCCUGUUAGGACGCUGCACCGAGAGAGAUCCAGCAUUGCGGUCAUAUAACGACAUCGGGAAAAAGGUUCUGGGUCGGAAGGUAAACUAUGCCAUCUUGUUGGUGUUUCUCAUCGACUUACUGGGUGGUGCGGCUUCAUUGGCCAUUUUAUUUGUGGAUUCCUUAUCCUCAUUUUUCCCUGAAGUGUCACGAAAGGCUUUGAGACUUGUAUUUGGUGGAGUAGUGAUUGUUUUUAACUUUUUGCCAUUAAGCGGUUUGUCUUUUUUGAGCUUUAUUGGCAUUGUGAGUACUUCAAGUGUGGCAGUAAUUGUAGUAGUCAGUGGACUCCUGAAAAAGGAAGCUCCAGGGUCUAUUUUUCAACCUGAGGUAACCAACUUUUGGCCUACUUCAUUUGUCAACGUUUUAAUUGCCUAUGGUAUAUUCUUAUGUCCCUUUGGAGGCCACCCAGUGUUGGUAGAACUUUACAGAGAUAUGCGUACUCCAGAAGAUUAUCCAAGUUGCAUGAGCAAGUCCUUUAGCUUCACGUUGGUGGUCAAUCUGUUCAUAGGUGUUUUCGGAUUUUUAAUGUUCGGCAUGGAUGCCGACUCAGAAAUUACUAGAAGCAUCAUGCUGACUGAAGGUUUUCCCAAAUGGAUCCCCACAGUGGUCUGUCUAUUCAUGACAUUACUACCUCUAUCUAAAACACCUUUAGUCCUAAGGCCAGUUGUUACAGCUAUAGAUGAUUUGACUUUCAGCGAAACAGAACUACUCAACAGCUCUCAAGGAAUAAUAUCACCAUCCACUCAAGUUAAGAGAAUAUUUUCCAGAAUAACAGCUGUCGUAAUAGCGAUUAUGCUUUCGGUGACCUUCAACAGUUUUUCGCAAGUAUUGGCGAUUCUUGGAAGCUUUAUCUGUACCACAAUUUGCAUUAUCUUACCGACGACGUUUUAUAUCUUGCUCUUCAAAGAUGAACUGUCAUAUAAUCAGAAGGCCGGUUUCAAAUUGGUCAUCUUUGUCUUCAUAAUAUUGGCAAUCAUGGGAACUAUAGCCGCCGCGUUGUAUGCUUAA